AAGGCUUGUACUGCGCAGAAGCGGAAUUAUCAUCGUGAAGUUGUCUGCUCUUUGCUGUCGUGGUUGAGUUUACUUUAGCAACUUGUAGUUUGAGUGACCAAAGAUAAUAUCAGUUAUCAUCAUGUCUGGAGGUUUUGGUCAGGAUGAUGGCUUCUUCCAAGGAAACUAUUAUGAGCAGCAGAGCACCGGCUACGACAUGGGGAGUGCACCACAGUUCGGACAGGACCAGCAGUUUGGCCAGUUUGACUACGACCAGCAGUACAACAAAGGUCAAGGCUACCCCAGUCCCCAGGCAGGGUACACUGGCUCCAUCAUGACCCCAGCAACUUCUUUCAAUGAGACAACGUCUGACAAUUUCGACGAUGAACCUCCACUGAUGGAAGAGCUUGGUAUCAACUUCGACCACAUUAUCCAGAAGACAACAGCCGUACUGAAUCCACUGAAGGGCACGGACCACGACAUCAUGCAGGACACUGAUCUGGCCGGACCACUCGUCUUCUGUCUGGCCUUCGGGGGCUUCCUGAUGUUGUCUGGGAAGCUGCAUUUCGGUUACAUCUACGGCAUCGGCGUGGUGGGCUGCGUGGCCAUGUAUGCACUGCUCAACCUGAUGAGUAUGACAGGGGUGACUAUCGGCUGCAUAAUCAGCGUCCUCGGCUACUGCCUCCUCCCCAUGGUUAUCCUCUCCUUCACCUCCAUCGUCAUCUCACUGCAAGGCAUCCUGGGUACAGUGCUGACUGUUGUGACCGUGAUAUGGUGUUGUCUGUCUGCGUCGAAGCUGUUUGUGUCUGCGCUGGCGAUGGACCAGCAGCAGCUCCUGGUGGCGUACCCCUGCGCCCUGGUCUACGGGGUCUUCGCCCUCCUCACCGUCUUCUGAACACCAUCUACACCAGCAACAACACGACAGGGAAUCCCUGCUCUUCUGAACACAACCAACAACACUGAACAUGACGAAGACACGUCUGUGACAAUUUAACUUGACCUUUUUAAAUUUUAUAUUUAUGAGAAUUAAUUAACUUUUCUUAGACAAGUAAUUGCCGCUAAAUUUGUACAUUAAAUGACUUGUCAGACUUCUGGUAAACAGUAUCUGUGCAAAACAUCCUAAAUUCUCUAAAGCGAUGGUGACGUGGGAUGUUUAUAUGCUGAUUAGUGCUACUUACCUUCGCGAAGAUUCAGACCAUGGUAGCAACUGUGGCCUCUCAAUUUGUGUUUUAGAUGAAUUGUCAGGCUUCUGCCAGCAUCACACAGAGCAUGUCUAGUCUGUAGUCAAAAACUCUUCCACAACGUUUACACAGGGGUAGUCUGAAUGUUGUCAGAAUCAUGUCUUGGUAUUUUAAUAAAUAUGUUCAUCCUUUUGAAUGUUAAUGCUUUUACUUCAAUGAACUUCAUAUGAAUAAAUCCUGUGUAUGGAA